AUGGCCUCCUACGCCCCCGUCCCAGCAGCCCUUGGCUCAGAAUCCGGAUUCCAACAACAACCCGAUCGUCAGCAACAACAAUACGCCGCCUAUCAACGAUCUCACGUCCAUCCCGGACAGCCUCUGCGUCGUCAUUCUGUCAACUUGCAGCAGCAGUUUGCAAGCUCCCCAGUUCAGGUUCCUCGGGCAACCAGACUUGUUCCCCAGUCUGCCGGGUAUCCUCUGUCUACCACUCUUCGGUCUAGUCCUUCCAACCAGAAGCAUCUUCUGCGUUGGUUCGCAGCUUCGAAUUCUGCUCCUGCGGCUCCGAAUUCAACAAUUACUGUCAACAAUCGUCCACCUGUCCCCCUUUUCAAUAACAGCACCACCAACUCGCCUACCCAAAAUCAGUACAUCCACCUAGUCAACCACCGUCGCAACCUGUCUACCCCCAACAUGGCUCAAGACCUUUUCAGCUUGCCUUCUGACCAGCUCGGUGACGAGCUUGCUCACCUCACCGACGCCGGCAUGUUUUCGCCUCAGUUGAUUCCCACUGGCUUCAUGGCGUCCAAGGAUGGAGAAGUGCCAGAGGCCACUGUCUCCCCUAAGGAUUUGAUGAUGGACAGCUCGGCUCCUCCGUCCGCGUCCUUCACCGAUCUCAGCACACCCAUGUUUGAGUCCCCAGCUUGGAGCGAAGAUACCUCCCCUCUAUUUGAUACCGGUCUGGACCUUGCCGCCGGCCAUGAGCACUGGGGGUCGCUUUUCCCCGAAGAAUUGCCUAUGCCUUUUGACGCGGCCGUCAUGGAAAUCGCUACGUCUUUGAGCCAAGAGGUCAAGCCCGAGCCUUCUGCUUCGCCUGCCGUUCAGUCCAUCUCUUCUCCUGUUCGAUCACCUGUUAUCCGCGGUUCUGCAACCAAGCACUCUACUGUCGCUGGUGUCAAUGCUCGCCAGCGCAAGCCUCUCGCACCUAUCAAGUAUGAUGAGAGCGACCCUGCUGCAGUAAAACGUGCUCGAAACACCGAGGCUGCCCGCAAGUCUCGUGCUAAGAAGCUCGAGCGACAAGAAGAUAUGGAGCGCCGUAUUCAGGAGCUCCAGCAGGAACUCGCAGAUGCGAAGCGUUCUGCCGAAUACUGGAAGACCAUGGCCGAGAGCCGAGCUUGCUAAAAACAAAACAAAAGUGUUUCUAACGGUUACGACUAUGUGCACCCUGAUGAUUGUGUAUUGUGUUUUUUUGAUGCUGUUGUUCACUGUUGUUUUUCGCAUACAGUCUCGUGGGAUAUGCUGUGGGCGGGGGCGUAGAGCCUCUCGUCCAAAUCGUCGGAAGCGAUCAGUCUGUGAGUUUAUACAUGAUAUCUGACGACACGCUUCCGAUGGGACAAAAGUUCAAAUAG